UUUAAUAUCAAAAAAUGACACCACAAUAUGCAACAUUUACUUGAAAGUUAUAUUUUAUUACAACCAAAAUCAAUCAUAGAAUGAACAUAAUAUGAUACUCAAUCAAAAUUACGAGAUACCCGUCAGUUUUACUGUAUAUCUGUUUGUUAAAGUUGUGUGCAAACUCUUCAAAAGCCAUCUAUCAAUGCAUAACAAACCUACUCUUACCAGCAUAGCUGAAGAAGAUGAAGAUAUAAAGUGGGUUUCAAAAAAGAAACACGAGGCCUUAAAAGCUAAAUACAAGUGUCUAAAAAAGCUCUUCCAAAUCUACGAUGCAAGCGUCAUUAGUAUCCUACCAGAAACUUACGCCCAACGUAAUCAAAUCCUAGAAGAUGAUCAAAAAAUUCGUAAACAGAAAUCACGACGAACCAAAACUGAUGAAAACACUGCUAAUGAAAUUGAAAUUAGACAAACAGAAAAUUCCCCAGAAAUCGCUGUUCUUGCAGACUUAAAACUCGACCAAAUUCCCUCUUCAGACUCAAAAACAUCCAAAACAUUCAUCCCUAAAUCCAAAGAUGAUAAAAGCAGACAAGAUUCAAAGGAAAACCUUUCAAUAAACAGUCAAAAAGAUAUUGAAAUCCAACCUGAUCCUGUACCCUAUUUAGUUAUCAAUGAAAAGAGAAAACCGACACGUUUUCAAAGCUUUAUCCAAAGAAUUCUAGGUUUGCGACGUAAUAGGUACUCUUAUGGUAUGUCAAAUGAACAUGAAUAUGCAGCUAGCGAAAAUAAUAUACCGAAUAGGUAUAAAAAGAGACGUAGAAGAAGUAUUAGGCUUAGAAGAAGGCGACGUAAAGAAGAAAAGAAGAAGAUACAUUCGGAGAGUGAUUUGAGGGAAGCGAAUAGCCCAGUUAUACUGUCUUAUGUGCAAACGAUACAGAGAAAUUGUCUCAUGGAUACAACACCAAGGCAUUGUCCAAUUGUUGGUUGUAAGAAGUUGCUUUAUGGGAUAAUAAAUUACAACGACCAUCUUAACCUGUGCCAUUUCACUGAGCGAACGUAUAUCUGCGUGUGUUGCCAUAAGGGGUUCCCUAGCGAGCGGGACAAAACUGUCCAUGAGAACGAGCAUAUUGGCAUCAUGAAGAUAGCUGUACCAUCCACUACAAGAUUCUCAACCAAAAUCGCGAGCGACACGCAAACCGAUCCGGAAAUAACGAAAAUCGACAUUCCCGAAGACAAGCUGAAGAAAAUCGUCUCAUUCUUUGACAAAAUUGCAGAUCCCGAUCAAAUAAUCGCAGAGAUCAAGAAAAAUCGAUGUUCCGAGACGAACUUACUAACUCUGCAUCGAAAUUCGAGAACCAAUAUCGAUUCUAUGUCCGGAUCGGAUAAUUCUGAUUCUGAGAACACAUCGUCUUUGAAGACGCACAGUAAAGAAACUUGUACUAUAGAUUCUGAUGGGACCCCAAACUCUAAAUAUAUUUGUAUCCCUGUGAGAUGUAAGUUGUGUGGAAAGAAUUUUGAUUAUAGGCGUCAACUAAAUCGUCACAUGGACGUACACCAUCGCACGGACGACAAAUUCACCAAAUACAACAAUUGCGUUGAUAUCCUAAACCGUGACAACCACCAAACCAGUUCCCCAACCCAAAGUCUAACCAGGUCACUCACAUCAACUGACGUAUCCAACAUAUCAAAUUCGACCAAGCUAUCACGAAGAAAGUCCAAUAAAACCUUAUCCUACGACCCGUCUACUAACAUUGUGUACACCUCUAUGGAUACGGUGAAAAAACCGAGUUUUGUCCAAAAGGUUCGAAAGAAUUUCUUUUAUAAAUGGGAACCCGGUACUAAGAUUAUACGUGUGUGAGUAGUGUUGUUUUGUGUAAUUAUAUUUUGUGACGUUUUG